AAUGGAAAGUGAAUAAAUGUGUAAGAAUCAUCCAAAAUAAUCACUUAGUUGGAUAUGUUUAGAAAGAAAUUGUUAAUAAAGAGUUAUGUGUUCAACUUGUGCAGUAAAAUUGCAUGAUCGAAAUCAUAAAUUAGAGGAAUUAUAUAAUAUAUAUGAGAAUGGAUGUUUAGCUACUUAUUUUAGUAAUAAAAAGAAUUCAACAGCAGGAUUAUUAUAAUUAGUAAAUGGAGAAUAAGAUUAUGUUUUUGAGAAUGAAUAAUAUGAUGAUUAUUUAUAAGAAGGAAUUGAAAGAUGUUUAAGAAAUGUUUCAAAAAAAAUAGAAGAAAAUAAAGCAUAAUUAAUUUAAUAACAUGAAUAAUUGAAAGAAGGUAAGGAAAAUGAGAGAAUUAAUUUUAUUGCUUAAUUAAGUGAACUUGAUGGAUAAUUAAAGUCAUCUUUAAAUUUGGAAACAGAUAUUGAAAAUGCAUUUUAAUAAAUAGAAUUAUUUGCUUAAAAAAGAGAAUUAGAGAUGUCUAAUAACAAAGAAAGUGCUAUACUAUUAAAAAAAAUUCGUUUAUUAGAAUUGAUGAAAGAUAACUUCUUAAAAAUGAUUAAGUCCUAUUUUCAUAAUUAAUUUACAGCUGAAUUUUGUCAUUUAUUUGAUAUGUAAAUAGAGACUUUAAAUGCUAGAGAAGUAGAUGAUGUUUAAGGCUUUUUAGAUUAUGUAGAUUCAAAAUGGAAAUAAGAUUAUAGAAAUAUUCAAUUAUCCAUUGAAAAAUUUGUAGGUCGUCUUAAUGAAGGUCUUAAAUAUUGUAUAGGAAUGCCAUUAGAAAAUCAGAAGAAAUAAUAUAUUGUUAGAUCUCCAAUGAGAUAAUUUCCUAUUAAUAUCCAAACUCCAGCAUAUCAUCAAUAUACUUCACCAAAACAAUUAGAAUUCACCAAAUCAUAAGUAAUAUAUGAGGAACCAAGUUAGAGAAAGAACAUCAAAAUUGAACCCGUUAGUUAGAGUCUUUAAUAGUACUAGUGAGAUAUGGGAACAUAUCAAAUAAUGAGUAUAUAAAAUAUUAAAGUACUAUUUGUUGCAUAACCAUGUAAAGAAAUAUAGAGAUCUAAAUCAUAAAAUACAAGUAUCUUUCAAGAUUAACAACUCAAUGGAAUCAUCUAAGGACCACGUUAUGAUAAAAGAGGAGAUAUUAUAAAGAGAUCGAUAGUUGGAACAAUUGAUUAAUUUUAGAGAGAAGGCAAAGUUUAAUAAGAUAGUAGAGCUACUGAUGAUGAUUCUUCUAUGUUAAGAUCUUUUGUUAUUACUUAAUUCAAUAAGAAAUAAAACUUAAAGAAAAAAAGAGAACCUGUAAAAUUAAGCAGAAUUUCAAAGGAGGAUAUUAGAUUGUAUAUUGAUAAAAUACAAAACAAUAUUAAACUAUCAGAAAUCUCACUUAGAUCUAAGGAAGAGACAUUACCUAUAAUAGAAAGAAAUCUAUUAACUAGAUAGAGAAGAAUCUUAGAAUCCUGUGAAGAAUAGAAAGAAAAAUGGAAUUAAUUAGAAUAGUAAUUAGCAAAUAGAUGUGAACGAUCACAUAAUAAUACUUUACUUAAUAAAAGCUAAGGAUAUAGAGAAAAGAAAUAAUUAUUGGACAAUCUAAAUGUUUUAUAGAAAGAACCAAAUAUCAAGGAAUGGUAUGGUAAUUUGAGAAAAUAUGAUUAAUCAAAUGAUCCAACUAUUGAAAUAAUUAAGAGUGGAAAUAAUGUUAAAAUUUGCAGUGACAGAUUUAAGAAUAUGAUCAAUUAGAGAUUAAGUAAAAAGUAUUAUGACUCUGAUUAUAUUAUUGUCAAUGGAAAUAGUAAAUUAAAAUUGGAAUCAGAAGAAGCCAGAGAUCUAAUGAUACUACCUUAAGAUCUUGUGUAACAACCAAUCCAAGAUAUCAAUUACUCUAAUUAUAAUAAAAGAGAUAUCAGUCGUCGAUCAUCCUAUAGAAUUGUUUAAUUAUAGUGA